GCCAGCAGAAAAAAGCAUUUACUCUACUCUAGCAUUAUCUAUCAUUCUAUCUAUAUAUAUAAGGAAACCCUCCACAACUUUUACUCCACCAAACACAUUCCUAUAUUCUGCUUUUGACAUCUCUGAUUUAGAAGAUCAAAAAACAAAGAGUUGGAAGAAGAGAAGAUGAUGAGUUCAGGAAGCAACUCUUGGGUUGUGGCAGCCAGUAUUGGAGUGGUGGAGGCACUGAAAGACCAAGGAUUCUGCAGGUGGAAUCACACAAUUAUAAGAUCGGCCAAGAAUCACCUCAGGUCUGUUUCUCAGGCCAAGAAGCUGCCUUCUCCAUCUUCUUCUGCAAUGGUUUCUGGUAGCUUGAGAGACAAGAAAGCGAAGCAAUCAGAGGAGUCUCUAAGAACAGUCAUGUAUUUGAGCUGUUGGGGUCCAAACUGAGCUGAAGUAGAUGAUAUUAUAGAUCAUAGAUUUAUAUAAAGCGGCUACCUCCAACCUUCUUGUUCA